UCUAUGCUUAAAAUGUCUUUUACGAAUUUGUAGCGAUGGUGGCUGGCUUCCUUGCAAACUUAGCGUCGUAAUUUAAUAGCUUUUUCGAAAUUAAAAUACAAUUGUUGGUCGUGUAACGAUCCUAGUAAUAGUGUUUUAAGUGCUUAAGAAGUUUCAUAACUAAUUGCAAUGAGUUCGAGCGUGUGCUACAAGUGCAACAGGACCGGGCACUUCGCCCGCGAGUGCACGCAGGGCGGUGUCACAUCGCGCGACACCGGCUUCAACCGACAGCGCGAGAAGUGCUUCAAGUGCAACCGCACCGGCCACUUCGCGCGCGACUGCAAGGAGGAGGCCGACCGUUGCUACAGAUGUAACGGUACGGGGCACAUAGCGCGCGAGUGCGCGCAAAGCCCCGACGAACCGUCGUGCUACAACUGCAACAAGACGGGGCACAUCGCGCGCAACUGCCCCGAGGGCGGGCGCGACAGCUCGGGCCAGACGUGCUACACGUGCAACAAGGCGGGGCACAUCUCACGUAAUUGCCCCGACGGCACCAAGACGUGCUACGUGUGCGGCAAGCCCGGCCACAUCUCGCGCGACUGCGACGAGUCGGAGCGCAACUAGCGCGCCGCUCCGCCGCACCCGCACUCGGACUCUAAGCAAAGGAUCCCGACACCCACACACUUGUACCACGCACGCGGCCCCGUGACGAGACUGAGAGAGCCACUUGUACAUACGUCGCCCGCCGAUACGUUAGAUGUUUAUUCUUGCACGUGAACGAGUUGUGUUUUUUAAAUCAUUUAAUAAUCGUGAUUGAACUAUUGAUGAGGGUAGAGUUACAGUUUUUAGCAUUACAGAGUAUAUAUUUAAUAUAUUUUGUACAGAUUUAUUUGACAAAAGAGAGAUAAAUUGGAUGAUGCUGGCGUACCAUGCGUUUUCAAUGAGGAGUGGAGUGGAGGCCUGCACGGCGGAGUCGACCCCUUGUUCUACAGUAGCAUGCUAGACCGUGACUAUCCCUCGCCCGUCACCGCAAACAUCAUUUUGUUUUUUCCGAUCUAUUCCUUUGUUUAUGAAGUCCUGCUAACUUGUCGAGAAUUCAGUGGUUAAUUAGAAUUUCAUCAAUCACAAUAUUUUUUAUUUUGUUAUCCCUGUUGAAUGUGUCUAUGUUGAAUGUAAAACAGCUUGCAAUGGGAGAUAAUAAACAAUAUUGCCUUAU